AUGGACUUAGACUAUCGGAAUUUGCUGGCCCCGAAUGGGCUACCUUUGAUUCCCCAAGGCGACUUUCGGUCCCCCAGUCUUCCCCGCCCGACCCCGGCCGUUAAUUUCAUGCAGAGAAGCCCGGAAUCAGGCGAGAUGGAGAAGACCCCGCCUGUCACGGGCAAGCGCCGAGGUGGAAGCCGAAAGGCCUGUAAUGAGUGUAAACAACAGAAGCUACGAUGUGACAUCGUGCAAACUCCUGCUGCGGCAUGCUCACGCUGCCGCAGGCUCGGGAUUGAUUGCAAAGUUGAACAAUCCUUUAAACGCAUCUCCAAGCGAAGACGCAAUGCGGAAAUGGAGAAGGAAAUCGCAGAUCUUCGUCGCCAGCUUAAACCUAAUACUGAACAUGAGCAGGCUGGUGAACACCAUACGGGCGAUGAGAUGUCACAAGCUUCAGAAGAAGGUUUCCGCCGACGCGAAUCUUCUGCUAUGGAUCGGUCACGCCCGGUAUCCGUUCCAAUAGAGACUCACCCUUCGAUGUCAACGCCUCUCACGAUGCAGAGAUCUGGCUCCAUCCUUUCACAGGACGAAAACACACCAUGGAGACUCGAAGAUGUUACCCUGUCAAGAGCUCGCGUUGCGCGACUGUUUGAACAAUACUUCAAAUAUUAUCAACCAUUUCUUCCGCUUCUUAAUUUGCCAAAGCCGCCUGAAGUCUAUCUUGGUCGUUGUCCUUUGCUAGCAUGGACUAUUGUCUGUGUGGCUAGUCGACGAUCGCCAUCUGAUCCAGGUCUGUUGAGUGCAUUGUCAGGACCAUUCAGCCGUCUAUUAUGGUCAACCAUCACCAAUGUCCCUCAGGAUUAUCGAGUAGUGAAAGCACUAUGUCUUUUAUGCACAUGGCCUCUCCCCACAACAAGUCAGCGAACCGACGCUACAUUCAUGCUAAGUGGUCUGAUGAUGCAGAUUGCCAUGCAGCUGGGCUUGCACCGCCCAGUUCAGGCGGAAGAGUUUACCACAUUCCAGAUGGCUGCUCAAGGUGAAGCACUCAAGGAUCGCUUACAUACGUGGAUCAUUUGCAACAUGGUCGCUCAGAACGUUGCAACUGGGUACGGUCAACCUCCUAGCACAAUGUACGACUGGGCUCUUGAGCCUGGCUCCUUGAAGGACGCUGAUUAUCAUCUGCCCCCUGAACUUGCCAUUCGACUGCGCAUUGAAAAGUUCUGUGAUCGUGUGACCAAAUCUCUGUACAGUAGUAAGCCCGACCCUGGUGAAUUUACCAGUAGGGAGAAGCUUGUAGUCGUCCAAAUACUUGAGAGCGAACUGAGAGACAUGGAAGUUGAGUUUGGACAGGAUAUUUCUGCGAUCAACAUGAUUCACCUACGUGCCGCCGAGCUGCACUUCCGUUAUUUUGUUUUCCUGGGCUCCAGCGCACAGAGCGACAAUCUCGCCAAGCUAUUCAUCGCAACAACUUCGUUCUUGGGGCGUGUUUUCGACCUUGAAACGGACCCGAGCGAACCCAUUGGUCAUUCAACAAAUUAUAUCCUUCAAAUGAUUGUUUCCGCUGCCUUUGCCUUGAUGAAGCUGUUGAAAAGCAGCUUCAACCGGCACAUUGACUUCAACCAUGGCAAGUUGUUAUUCAAUGGCGCUAUCUCAGCCAUCCGCCGAAUCAGCGUCAUGGACCACGAUCGACCCAUUCGCCUCGCCGAUAUUCUUGCUCAAAUGUGGAAUGCGACGGGGCCAGAGCCAGCUGGUGAAGACGGCCUUCAACUAAAGGUUCGCUGUCGAAUGAGCAUGAGCCAUGUAUACGAUACUGUAUGGCGCUGGCGACAACGGUUUCGGCCAGUGAAGAGCAUGGAAGAAAUGCAAGCAGCGGCAGCAGCAGCAAAUAUGGAUAUCACCAUGGCGCCUGGGCUUCAGACCCGGCAACAGGAUAUAUCUCUCGAGGACCCAUCAUUAAUGUUACCAGCUCAAUUCGAUGAAAGCGGGGCAUUUUUCAACGAAGCUGGGUUCUCUGAAGUUUUUGAUUCUCUCAAUUGGGUUUUCGAGGGCAUCCCAGACUCAUUAGUCGCUCCACCCAUCCUAUAA